AAUAAAAAUUCGGGAUUGAAAUUUUCUGGUGAAAUGAAAAAGACUUGAUUUCAACUUUUUCAUUGAUUGCUUUGUUAGUACAAAAAUUUUUCUUGAAAAACCCGCUCUCUCUUUCCUAUUGGUUUUCCAUUGCAAUGCGUUUUGACUUUUGGACAUUUUCAUCUCUCAGCAGCUAAAAGAAAACAACAACAGAAUCGAAAACCUCGAAACCCCAAGCUGCAUAAUGAGUGGUACAUCUACCAUCAUUAUGACUCAUAUUCCAUUGUCUUGUUCUUGAACGUACUCGCUUUCAAGUUAUAUUACCAAAGGAUCAUAAACUGAAAGGUUCUUACUGCUUUCUCCUUCCUUUCUGCUUUGUACUUUGUACAAGUUGAAUUUGUUUUUGAACUGGGAGAGUAGCUUUGGCUUUACUCGGCUGAUUGGAAUUCUGGGUUGUUUUCUGUUUCUUAUUAUCUGUUGCUGAAGUUUGGUUUUCUAGCAAACCGUAAGCUGGGUAUUAUAUUCCUCUGAUCUGGGAUCCUGCAUUUGUUUCUGGGAUGGAUUUAAAAACCCCAGUUUUGAGAUCUCUUGUUGAGCAUUAGACCAGCAAAUUUGGUUGAAACCAUAAUCUGUGCCUUUUUUUUUCAUGAUUUUUGUUGGUUUGUUGACUUUGAGCUGUUAGAGAUGUAUUUGAUCCAUAGAUAGUGGUUUUUGUAUUAUAGUCCUCUGAUCUAGAAGAAGAAAGUUGGAGGGGAUCCUGCAUUUGUUUUUGGGAUGGAUUCAAGAACCUCAUUUGAGGAUUUUUAUAGUAUUGAAUCUGCCUUCAGUUCCUCAUCAAGAAGGAGCAAUUUUUCUGUUCAGUCCAAAGCUUCGGGUGGGAAUUCGAUUAGGGAAGUGAAUUUUGGUGAUUUGGGAACUAAGCCUGUGAGAUAUGGAUCUCAUGGUGCUGAUUCAGAAACGUAUAGCAUUAGCAUGUCACAAAAAGAGAUCAACGAUGAAGAUGCUAGGUUGGUACAUAUAAAUGAUCCUGUCCAGACAAAUGAGAGGUUUGAGUUUUCUGGGAAUUCGAUUCGGACCGGGAAGUACUCGAUCCUAACAUUUUUGCCUAGGAACUUGUUUGAGCAGUUCCAUAGAGUUGCCUAUAUAUACUUCCUUCUCAUUGCUGUGCUUAAUCAGCUGCCUCAGCUCGCAGUAUUUGGUCGUGGAGCUUCCAUUCUACCAUUGGCAUUUGUCCUUUUGGUUACAGCAGUUAAAGAUGCAUAUGAGGACUAUAGGCGCCAUAGGUCGGACCGGAUUGAGAAUAACAGGCUAGCAUCAGUUUUGGUAGAUGAUCAAUUUCAAGAAAAGAAAUGGAAGAACAUUCAGGUUGGUGAGAUAAUCAAGAUUUAUGCAAAUGAAACCAUUCCUUGUGAUAUGGUUCUGCUCUCAACUAGCGAUCCAACUGGGGUUGCAUAUGUGCAGACUAUUAAUUUGGAUGGAGAAUCCAAUUUGAAGACACGCUAUGCAAAACAAGAGACCCUUAUGAAGAUUCCUGAAAAUGAUAAGGUUAUUGGGUUGAUCAAGUGUGAGAAACCCAACAGGAACAUAUAUGGAUUUCAGGCGAACAUGGAAGUGGAUGGGAAACAACUGUCACUUGGUCCCUCCAAUAUUAUUCUUCGUGGCUGUGAGCUAAAAAAUACUGCUUGGGCUGUUGGGGUUGCUGUCUAUGCUGGUCGUGAGACUAAAGCUAUGCUUAACAGCUCAGGAGCCCCAUCUAAGAGGAGCCGGCUUGAGACUCAUAUGAACUUGGAGAUCAUCUUCCUCUCACUGUUUCUUAUUGCUUUGUGUACAGUUGUCUCUAUUUGUGCUGCUGUUUGGUUGAGACGCCACAGGAAGGAGUUGGAUUACUUGCCUUUCUAUAGAAGAAAGGAAUUCUCUGAUGGAGAAGAAGAGAAUUAUAAUUAUUAUGGAUGGGGAUUGGAAAUAUGUUUCACAUUCCUAAUGUCAGUAAUUGUGUUCCAGAUCAUGAUUCCCAUCUCAUUGUAUAUUUCCAUGGAGCUAGUCCGGGUUGGUCAAGCUUACUUCAUGAUUCGAGAUACCCAGAUGUACGAUGAGUCUUCAAAUUCGAGAUUUCAGUGCAGGGCUUUGAAUAUAAAUGAGGACCUAGGACAAAUAAAAUAUGUUUUCUCUGACAAAACGGGUACACUUACUGAGAACAAGAUGGAAUUUCAGUGUGCAAGCAUUUGGGGGGUAGAUUACAGUGGUGGAAAUGCCAUUUCACUAGAUCAGAAUGAUGGUUACUUUGUCAAAGUGGAUGGAAAGGUUUUGAGGCCUAAGAUGAAGGUUAGGACUGAUCCGGAGCUUCUACAAUUCGCAAGGAACAGAAAAGAGACACAAGAAGGCAGUCAUGUAUAUGAUUUCUUCCUUGCAUUGGCAGCUUGCAAUACAAUUGUGCCUCUAAUUGUAGAUACGCCUGAUCCUACCGUAAAGUUGAUAGAUUACCAAGGAGAGUCUCCAGAUGAACAAGCAUUGGUUUAUGCUGCUGCAUCAUAUGGAUUUAUGCUGAUAGAACGAACCUCUGGCCAUAUUGUGAUUGAUAUUCAAGGAGAAAGGCAAAGGUUCAAUGUUUUUGGUUUGCACGAGUUUGAUAGUGAUCGGAAGAGGAUGUCUGUUAUAUUGGGGUUCCCCGACAGAUCUGUAAAAGUGUUUGUAAAAGGCGCUGACACAUCAAUCUUUAGUGUCAUAGAUAGAUCCAUGGAUAUGAAGGUAAUACGUACUACUGAAGCCCAUCUUCACUCUUACUCCUCUUUAGGUUUGAGAACACUUGUUGUUGGGAUGAGAGAACUGAGUACUUCAGAAUUCAAGCAAUGGCACUCCACAUUUGAAGCAGCAAGUACUGCUCUAAUGGGUAGAGCCAGUUUACUUCGGAAGGUUGCGAACAAUAUUGAGAACAAUCUCCAUAUACUAGGUGCCUCUGGUAUUGAAGAUAAACUGCAACAAGGAGUGCCAGAAGCCAUUGAAUCUCUUAGAACAGCAGGGAUAAAAGUAUGGGUGUUGACUGGGGACAAGCAGGAAACUGCCAUAUCAAUUGGGUAUUCCUCAAAGCUCUUGACUAGUAAAAUGACACAAAUCAUAAUUAACAGCAAAUCUAUGGAGUCAUGUAGAAAGAGUUUAGAAGAUGCCAUCAUUAUGUCUAAGAAACCCACAACUACAUCGGCUAUAUCAGGCACUACAAAUAACACCGGAGGAACGUCAGGAGCUGGUUCAACUCCUAUAGCCUUGAUUAUGGAUGGCACUAGUCUUGUAUAUAUUCUUGACAGUGAACUGGAAGAAAGGCUCUUCCAGUUAUCCUGUAAUUGUUCUGUGGUAUUGUGUUGUCGGGUUGCCCCACUACAGAAAGCCGGAAUUGUUUCCCUUGUAAAGAAGAGGACUGCAGACAUGACACUUGCCAUUGGGGAUGGUGCCAAUGAUGUUUCAAUGAUCCAAAUGGCGGAUGUCGGAGUUGGCAUCAGUGGCCAAGAGGGUAGGCAAGCUGUAAUGGCAUCUGACUUCGCAAUGGGGCAGUUCAGAUUCUUAGUUCCUCUUUUGUUGGUCCAUGGCCAUUGGAAUUACCAGAGGAUGGGCUACAUGAUACUUUACAAUUUUUACAGGAAUGCAGUAUUUGUCCUUGUUUUAUUUUGGUAUGUGCUCUUUACUAGUUUCACAUUGACCACUGCAAUCACUGAGUGGAGCAGUGUGUUGUAUUCUGUAAUCUAUACAGCAUUGCCUACGAUUGUGGUUGGUAUUCUUGACAAGGACCUGAGCCGAAGGACUCUUUUAAAGUACCCUCAGCUGUAUAGGGCUGGUCAAAAUCAAGAAUGCUACAACAAAAAGCUUUUCUGGAUUACAAUGAUCGAUACUUUCUGGCAGAGUGCAGUCGCCUUCUUUAUUCCUCUUCUUGCGUACUGGGGCAGCACCAUUGAUACAUCGAGCAUAGGAGAUCUUUGGACUCUUGCGGUUGUCAUAUUGGUUAAUUUACACUUGGCCAUGGAUGUUAACCGGUGGAAUUGGUUAACUCAUGCAGCUAUUUGGGGAUCUAUAAUUGCAACUUUCAUUUGCGUUAUGGUUAUUGAUGCUUUACCAUUUUUAGUCGGUUACUGGGCCAUCUUUGAAAUCGCGAAGACCGGAUUGUUUUGGUUGUGUUUGCUGGCAAUCAUCGUAGCCGCACUAAUUCCUCGUUUUGUUGUCAAAGCUCUUUAUCAGUUGUAUGCACCAUGCGAUGUUCAGAUCGCAAGGGAAGCGGAGAAGUUUCGGACUCUGUGUGAAUCUGGAGCUGUAGAAAUAGAAAUGAAUUCAAUCUUGGAGGUUCCUAGGAGAUGAAAAGGAUGAUUUUGUUCUUCACCCCUCUUUCUAUCAUGUUCUUUAGGCUUUGCAGAGCAUUAUUCUCCGUUGCGGACGUUGCUUAGACUCUUCAUAUUUCUUGAAGCAAUCGUGACAUAUGUCCGGCUCAUAUUUGCACAUGGAUAUGGUCAUCACAUGAUUGUUUGCUAUCCGAAGGAUAGAAUUAGUACACCUUAGGUUGGUGUUUAUGUUGUUACAUAUCUUAUAACAUUAUUUCAUGUAAAUUCUUUAAUGAAAAUGAAAUGAUACAGUUUGAUUACA